AGAGUUUAAAUCAAUAAUUUAAAAGCUGAUACACAUUAGUAAGUGGUGGUGAACUGUUUUCUUUUUUAAGACAGAAGUGUAAUUUGAAUCUUGACCAAGCAGUUCAAGUUAAUUAGUAAUUCAGUGCAGUAAGAUUCUGUAACAUCAGCUCGGUUUAAAAGCAUUGUCUGUUCUGUUGUCUGUUCAUCUCAGGGUAACUGUAUUAUGUGGUUUUUCUCAACUGAAUUUAACAUUUUGUAUUGUGAGGCUAAAGAAUGUUUUAUGUUUUCCUCUAGCAUGGCAGGAGAUGGUAUCUCAGUAUAAGGAGUCAAUCAAACGGAAAUAUGAACAUAGGAAUGAGAGCAGUUUCUCCUCUGGUGAAAGAGUCUCACUGGCUGCCCUCUACACUGAACCUGUGAUUAUUCAGAAAAAUGAAAAAGGCGGUUUUCAGAAUAUCAGUGUGGAGGAGUUGUUUAAUAAGUUAGACAUACAUCUGUAUUAUCCAUCAUCUGUCAUUCUUCAAGGAAAUUCUGGUAGUGGAAAAUCUUUCUUAGUGCAAAAGAUUAUUUUGGACUGGGCAUCUGAACAACAUUACCUUAAAGACUUUAAUCUAGCUUUCUACCUGAGCUGUGAAGAGCUGAAGUGUAUUUCUGAGGAAAUGAACUUGAUUGAGCUCCUGAGCUGGAAUUGUGGUUUAUCGCCAGAUCAGAUUUCAGAGAUGGUGCAGAAAUCAUCACAGAGAGUGCUCUUCAUCAUUGAUGGACUUGAUGAUCUUGAUGAACUUAUAUUUAUGUGUGAUAAUUUUUGCAUAUCAUCCGAAUUCCAGAGAGCCCCACCUGAGGUCAUUGUUUGUUCCUUGCUUCGUCAACAAAUCCUGCCCAGAUCUGUCCGGCUGAUCACUACUAGAACUGAGGUCCCACAGGGAAUGUUUCUCAAAGGACCUCAGCGUUUCACAGAGAUUAUGGGUUUCUCUGAGAAGGGGGUGGAGGAGUACUUCCAGAAGUCCUUCCAGAAUGAGGAACUCUUCAGGAAAGCCUAUGAAUGUGUGAGAGUAAAUGAAACUCUCAUCACUGCCUGCUCCAUCCCUGUCAUCUGCUGGAUCAUCUGCACGGUUAUGCGAGAGAGGUUCAGUGAUGGUGCAGAUGUGACGAGUGUCCUGGAAACCAGCACCUCUAUCUACGUUGACUUUGUGUCCACUCUACUGGAGCAUCACUGCCAGGGUUUGAGUCAGUCUGUCCCGAGCCUGCUGAGGAGUCUGGGUCAGCUGGCAGAGAGAGGGAUGCUGGAACAACAAGUCUUGUUUGAUGAAAAAACUGUUUAUGACACAAUUUCAGACCCUGCUGGCAAUCCAUUCCUGUUCAAGUUCCUCUUAAAGAGAAAAAUCCACCAGGAGACAAUGUUCAGUUUCAUGCAUCUCAGCUUUCAGGAGUUCUUCACUGCUCUGUACUAUGUCCUUCUGGAUGAAGAAGAGUCUCAGAGGAAAGUGAGAGAGCUGCUUCACACUGUAGAGAGAGGAUGGGCUUUGUCCUGUUGGUCUGAUAGAGGCUUUUCAAAGGCAAAUUUAGAAAUAAGCAAUUCAAAGCUGCUGCAGCCUGUGAUUCUGUUCCUCUGUGGUCUCUGUAAGAAAGAAUGGAUCUCCUCAUUCUUUGAAAAGCACAACAUGACUGUCUCUGUCAACAUAGAAACCCAUCUUAAGGAAUGGAUCAUUCAGUGUUCACAGAGAUAUCAAAAUGAACACAUGCUGUUCAUUCUCCAUUGUCUCUAUGAGCUUCAUGAGAAGAGUUUUGUUGGAAAAGUUUUGGAACAGUUGGCUUCGAUAGAUCUGUCAAAUAUUCUGCUGAAAAAUGCAGACUGCUGGAUGUUGCGGUUUUGUUUUCAGAAUUGUGUUAACAUUGGCAAACUGAGACUCAAUAUAACAUCUGACAAUCUGAAGAUUCUUCAGUCUGCACUGAUCAGUUGUGAAGAGCUGUGGUUGAAGGUGGAUCACAUUACAGAUGAUACUGGGGAUUUGAUCUCAGCUCUUGGCAAAGGAAAGAUUGUGAAAGAACUGAUAAUACAGGAACAAAAAGCUUCACAAGCCAACCACAAAAACUCUCGAGAUUCAUCAGGAGAUGGCUUUUUCCUUCUGGAUGUCCUGCACUCUGUGUCUGGUUUAAAAAAAGUCCAUUUGCAGAUGGACAAAUUGACUGUCAGUUGGAUUCCCACAAUCCUCUCGCUUGUCCAGGCCUUUCCCAGUCUGAAUGAACUCAGCUGGAGGAAGUCAGUGUUGAUUAAGCGAGACAAAAAGGGUUUCAUCAAGGAGGACUUGAAGACAAUAAAGACAGAAAAUAUAGAGAGUAAAAGAGCAGAAUCAUCUUUAGGACAAUCAUCCUCAGGUUAUGCAGAAGUGUUCACACCUGAAUGUGUUCAGCAAGAUGAUGAGGACAAACACAAGACUAAAUACAGAUAUUCUAUCUUCCAGGUUUGUGUCCAUGCUGGUCAGUUUCAGUGCAGUCUGACCAGCCUUGUGUUUGUGAUGGAGGGUGAAGGAGAGGUGCUGUAUAACAUUGUCUCAUGGGAUCCUGGUCUGGGUCAGUUGCGGCCUGCUGGGCCCUUGUACAACAUUGAAUGUUCUGCAGGUUCAGUCUCAGAACUACACUUUCAACACUGCAUGAUAUUCUCUGAAGAAAAUAAGGACUGUUUGGCUGUAGCACAUUUCACUGGUGGUAAUGUAGAAAUAAUACAGCCACUCAAAGUGACAGAAACUCACGUGAUCAUUGACAUCAGAGACCUCAGCAUUUUUGGGCUCAUCUGGAUUAAAACAAUAUUUGGCUUCCCCAUUAAAGGCCAGGUUUUGCUCUUUCUUCGACCUGUAACUGUUAAGCAGAAAAUACUUAAUGUCCACUUGCUUCCAGGGAAUGUUCCAGUAUCAGAGGUCCAGGGCUGGCACCUGGAUAAAAAAUACAUUGAGACAAGUUCAAAAUGUCAUCUGUUUCCUGAAAGAGAAUACAGUCUGUGUUGUCAGCCAGAGGAUUGUGAAGUGCAACCAGUGAGUGAGAUGUUUGAGCUUGAUCAUUUUGGUCCAAACUAUCAUCCCACGUUUGAAGUGUUUUUGGAUGUCAACGUUGAGGAGGUCAGAUUGGGUGUUUUGGACAAAACUCGAGAUGGGAAGGAAGUGUGGAAAAGACGGCGAAUCCUUCUUACAGUUGCACCAAGUAAAGAUGUAGAACAUCCUGCACACAGAAGAAUCCCAGAAACUGAAUUUGUGAACACCCACAGAGAUGAACUCAUUCAGAGAGUUUCAUCAGUGAUGGCAAUUGCUGACAGUUUGUUGAGCAAAAACAUGAUUGAUAGAGAAAUGUACGAUGAAGUUCAUACUGAAAAAAAACGAACGGAGAAAAUGAGACUCUUGUUGGAUGCUGUUGACUCUGGAGGAGCUGCCGUAAAAGCCGAAUUCUGCAGACUUCUGAAGGAGAAGGAGCAUUAUCUUGUAGAUGAACUGGGGCCUCAUUUAUAAAAACUGAUUUGAUCUGAGAGUGUGUGGAAAAUCCACACUCAGAAUCAGAAAACCUGUAUUUGACAUGGAAAAGUGCUUAAUGCAUAUCAGUUUCCAAACAGAUGUACGCACAAGGGGGCAGUUGAGGCCAAAUGGUUAGAGAGUCAGACUUGUAACCCAAAGGUCACAGGUUCGAGUCUCUGUACGGGCAGGGAUUGUAGUGCUCUCUUCCACCUUCAAUACCAAGACUGAGUUGAGACGCUUCAGCAAGGCAACGAACCCCCAACUGCUCCGCAGGUGCUAAAGCAAAAAUGGCUGCCCUCUGCUCUGGGUGUGUGUGUUCACUGCAGUGUGUGUGCACUUGGAUGGGUUAAAUGCAGAGCACAAAUUCUGAGUAUGGGACACCAUACUUGGCUACACGUCACAUCACAUCACUUUCACUUACACUUUUCCUUGUGGCAGAAUCAGGGUACUGCAGGUAUUUGUAAAUAAGAAAUUGUUCUGCUUGCUAUGCUCAAGUAAAGGUUUUGGAAAUUGACUGGUGCUCUUUUAUGAUAUCACAUACAGUAAUCACAUUAAUUAGGCAGCAUUUACAAGAGGGAGAUCUGAAACCAUUCAGCUUUUCAUAAUCAUUUGCGAUUUAUAGAUUUCACAUCUGGAAGAGAGGCAUACACACUUUGUUUUUAUUUUUGCAUGUGUUACUUUCUCUGAAUCACUACUACACACAAUUGCGAAAUGAUCGCAAGAUCAAAUGUAGGAUGGCUUCUUCGCAUUAUUUUAGAUCCAGCAGAGCACAGUAAUGCUGAGAAUGAGUUUGAGAUGUAAACAGCAUCUCCGCCGUUAAUAUAACGUACAGUGAGAGAUCCAGAUGUUUCUGUCUUCAUAAUUUAGACAUUACUGGCAUGAACUCCUGCUUUUCAUGUUGUCCAGCAUGAUUUGAGAUCCAAAGAGCUUCUUGCACAAAAACAUCUGACUGUCUGUACAAUGUCACAAUUCUGAAAUAUUCCUUUAUUUGUUAUGCAUGUUGAUUUUGUCGAUGUACAUUU